AUGACAGGCCAGGACAUCACUAUCUACGAGUCGGACUUCCCCAACCCCUUCCUCCCGGAGAUCGGGCUGUUCGACUUCAUCUUCCCCACGCCCGAGAUGGGGGUGCCCAAUACGGUGCGCGAAGACGUGGUGUCGUUCAUCGAGGGCCACACGGGGCGCGAGCUGCGGCGCGGCGAACUGCGCGAGUCUGCGCUGCGCCUCAAAAGCGGGCUGAAUGCUCUCGGCAUCAGGCGUGGCGACACGGCCUGUAUCUGGGGCCUGAACAGCAUCGAGUGGAUCACAGCCGCGUACGGCCUCAUCGCUGCCGGAGUGACCGUGAGCCCGGCGAACGCAAGCUACGACGUGCACGAGAUCGCGCACCAGCUCAACGACUCGGGCUCGUGCGCCAUCUUCGUGUCGCCCGACAACCUCGCCGCGCUGCUCAAGGCACGCGCGCAACUCAAGACUCCUAUCCCCGACGAACGCAUAUUCAUCCUCGCGCAAGAGGACGCACAGGGCUUCAAGUCGCUGUACGCACACCUCGGCGCCCCCUCCGAGCCCGAGCACUUUGACGGCCUCGAGUCCCGCGCCACCGCUGUCCUCUGCUACUCUUCCGGCACGACGGGCCUGCCCAAGGGCGUCAUGACGACGCACUACAACCUCACCAGCCAAGUGCUUGCGACCAAGCCGCUGUGGCCCGCCACAGACCCCGAGAACCACGCGGUGCUCGGCUUCCUCCCCAUCUCGCACAUUUACGGGUGGAUCGCGCUCCUCGUCCACCCCGUAACGGUCGGUAUCAAAACGGUGAUCCUGCCGCGGUGGGACGAGACGCACUUCCUCUCCUGCGUGCAGAAAUACCGCAUCACGCACUCGUUCCUCGUGCCCCCCAUCGUGCUGCUCCUCGUGCACUCGAAAAACGUCCCAAACUACGACUUGAGCUCGCUCGUCUCCGUGUCGUGCGGCGCCGCCCCGCUCUCCGGCGACCUCAUCGCCGCCUUCAAAGCCCGUUUCCCGAAUUGCACCAUCUCUCAGUCGUACGGCAUGACCGAGACGAGCCCCGGCAUCUUCCUCGCGCCGGAGGAGGACGCGCGGCGCGGCCACCUCGGCAUCGGGCGCUUGUGCGCGACGUUCCAAGCCCGCCUCGUGCGCGAGGACGGGAGCGACGCGCCGCGCGGCGAGCGCGGCGAGCUCUGGGUCCGCGGGCCCUGCGUCAUGAAGGGGUACCACGCGAACCCCGCCGCGACCGCCGCGACGAUGGAGCGUGGCGGGUGGCUGCGCACGGGCGACGUCCUCGUGCGCGGCGACGACGGGCUCUGGUCCGUCGUGGACCGCGUCAAGGAGCUCAUCAAGUACAAGGGCUUCCAGGUCGCGCCGGCUGAGCUUGAAGGUCUCCUGCUGCAGCACCCGCGCGUCAUCGACGCCGGCGUGGUUGGCCUGCCGCGCGGAUACAUUGUCGCAGCGGAGGGCGUCACGGACACCGAGGCGCUCGCGCGCGACGUCCAGGCUUGGAUUGCGGCGCGUGUCGCGCACCAUAAGGCCCUGCGCGGCGGCGUCGUUGUCGUUGAUGUUAUUCCGAAGAGUCCCUCGGGCAAAAUUCUGCGUAACAUACUCCGCGAGCGUGCCAAGAAGGAGUUUAAGCCGGCGGCGCAGGGCAAGUUGUAA